GAAUUGGAAUUUAGUUGUCAAACUCAUUGAGACGAGAACGGACGGGAUCUAAAGAAAAAUAAAAGUGAAAAUUUCAAAUAAUAACAAAAACGAAUAAAAAGUGGUGGUGGUAUUUUGAAAAACGGGCUGCACAAUACACCCAACUAAAAAUAUAUAUAUAUAUAAAUGUAUGAAGAUUAUGAUGAUAAUGAUGUUGUGUAUAAGUAAAAAUUAUUUAGAUAAAAAAAAUUAAGUAAAAAGAGUAAAAACAUCUGAUUUAAAUAAAAUUAGGCAAACGGGCAGCAGCUAAAUUAAUGGACUUUCUUAGUUUUUAAAGUGUUAAAGAGUUAGUGAAAAUCAAAGUUGGAAAUUGUUAAUACUUAUGGAAUUAAUACAAUAUAAUUUAUUUAAUUUCCCAAUUGGCCAAUAAUAACAACCUAAAGAUAGCUGCUGACGAUGAUGUUGUUAAGAAAAAGGAAAAAAAAAAUCACAAAAAAAGAAAUAGAGAAAACAAAAUUAAGAAAAAUUUUACCUUUUUUAACCAUACAAAAACAUUCUAAAAAUAAAAACACCCAACAAAAAGAAUAAAGAAAAUACAAAAAAGAAAAUUAUGCUUCUUGUUCGUUGUUGGUUUUGUUAGUUUGGCUGACUGACAAAUGGUCUAAAUUAAUGUUUGGCUCUGCCUGGCGGUAUGUCUGUCUGUCUGUGAGUCGUUUGUUCGAUCUAUUUGGCAGACAGCAGGCAAACAUAGUGCUGUUAAUAUCUGUUCCUUAGCUCCACCAAACCCCAAUUCAAAUAAUACGAAACAAUUUUUAGCGAAAAACAACAACAAAACAAAAUUAUAAACACUGACAGCCAAUAAUAAAAACGUGAUGUAAAUUUUGUGUAUUUUACUCAAUAACAACAACAAUAAUUUAAUUAAUAAUUUAAACGUGGAAUUAAACCAGAUUAAACUUAAAAUAAUUUGGAUUUUUUAUAAGGACCAUUUAUACCGAAACUAAAUUCAAAAUAACAAAAUAUCACAGAUAUCCUGCCGUUUAUUAUAUGAAUUAUGACAGCUGAAGUAAUGGCGUCAAAUGACACAACUUUUGAUCCGGCUCUUUCAAAACUUAUAACAUCUCUCAAGGACACUGACAGUCUUUCCAAUGAUCAAGAGAUUGAUUUUCUAAAAGCACUGCUCGAAUCUAAAGAACUCAAUGCCCUGGUCAAUGUUCAUAGUAAAGUGGCAAAAGUGGGGAGAGAUGAUCGUCUGGCACCCAUACUAUCAACAUCAGCAAUGAUUUUGUAUGAGGUAUUGGAACAGUUGUCACAACGUUGCCACUUGAGUGAUGAAUGCCGUGAGGCAUUUCAUUUGCUGCAGAAACCGCAUUUACAAAGUCUUCUUUAUGCUCAUGAUUGUAUUGCACAAAAAGAUUUUUAUCCACAUCUACCAGAAUUGCCAAUUGAAAUGGAUGAGGAUGAGGAAACCAUAAAAAUUGUGCAACUAGUUAAAAGCAACGAGCCCUUGACAGGAGCACAAAGUGCGGAACCAAUUGUUGGAGCCACCAUUAAAACGGACGAAGAGACGGGUAAAAUAAUCAUAGCCCGUAUAAUGCAUGGUGGAGCAGCCGAUCGUUCGGGACUUAUACAUGUGGGCGAUGAAGUAAUCGAAGUUAAUGGUAUUAAUGUUGAGGGUAAAACACCCGGUGAUGUAUUAAGUAUAUUGCAAAAUUCGGAGGGUACUAUAACAUUUAAAUUAGUACCAUCCGAUGGCAAGGGGGCUCAACGUGAAUCUAAAGUACGAGUACGUGCUCAUUUCAAUUAUAAUCCGGAAGUGGAUCCUUAUAUUCCUUGUAAAGAAGCGGGUUUAGCAUUUCAACGUGGUGACAUUUUACACAUUGUAUCACAGGAUGAUGCUUACUGGUGGCAAGCUCGCAAAGAAUCAGAGCGUACUGCUCGUGCGGGUCUUAUACCAAGUCGUGCCUUGCAAGAAAGACGUAUUCUUCACGAGAGAACGCAACGUGAUGUUAGUGAUGGAGAGUCUAAAAAAGGCUCAUGUACCUCAAUAUGUAAUACCCCGCCCGGUUCGCCUAUGCUACGAUCUAGUAGUAGUACAUCCUCAUGUCGUCAACCAAAAACUAAAAAAAUCAUGUACGAUUUAACAGAGAAUGAUGACUUUGAUCGUGAAAUGAUUGCCACUUAUGAAGAGGUUGCCAAAUUAUAUCCACGUCCUGGCAUUUAUAGACCUGUGGUACUAAUAGGUGCCCCCGGUGUCGGACGCAAUGAGUUGAGAAGACGCUUAAUAGCCAGAGAUCCAGAAAAAUAUCGCAGUCCUGUGCCAUAUACCACCCGUCCCAUGCGUACCGGUGAGGUAGCGGGCCGUGAAUACAUCUUUGUUAGCCGUGAGAAAAUGGAGGCCGAUAUUGAGGCUGGCAAAUUUAUUGAACACGGUGAAUAUAAGGGUCAUUUAUAUGGUACUUCAGCGGAAAGUGUCAAAUCGAUUGUUAAUGCUGGUUGUGUUUGCCUGCUGAGUCCUCACUAUCAGGCCAUCAAGGCAUUGAGAACUGUUCAACUGAAACCGUUUCUUAUUCACAUUAAACCACCGGAAUUUGAUGAACUUAAAAAGACUCGUACGGAAUCGAGAGCUAAAUCGACAUUUGAUGAAUCAAAUGCCAGAGGUUUUACGGAUGACGAAUUCAAUGAUAUGAUUAAAUCAGCGGAACGUGUUGAUUUCCUGUAUGGACACUUUUUCGAUGAUGAAAUUAUCAAUGCUGAUUUAGUAACAGCAUUUGAAAAACUUGUCAACACUGUACAAAGACUAGAAAAUGAGCCAUUAUGGGCUCCAUCAUCGUGGGUCCAAUAAAUGUUUAUUUUCUCUAUUGGCAAAGUAGAAGAAGGCAGCUAAAAUCUAAUGGGUAGCUAGAAGGAAAUGAUAUUGUAAUGGAAGUGAAAAUGGAAAACUGACGACAACAACAACCAAAAAAAAACACAAAAGACAAAACACUGCUACAAAAAAUGCCAAAAACAAAGAACAAACAAAUUAAAUAU